UUUCUCCGACAGGUGUAAAUCAGGUUGACUAAGGAAAUACAUAAUUCACACUGUGAUAUCACCUGUCUGUCUUUAUCAACUUUCAGCGCCAUUGGUCAAAACUAAAUGCGCGGUACUUGACAAUAAAGUCAUGUUUUCAUUUUACAGCGUAAUUGCAAUUUCGAGUUAAUUCACACGCAAAAGUGAAAAGUUUGACUCUUUAGUCAAUAAAGAGCGAGAGGAAAAUUAUCCGUCUGAAAGGAAAUUUCCUACGACAUGACGGCUUUGAGUUUAGCUAUUCGCAACAAACGUUGGAGACAAGCUAAGUUACUGAUCGAGGCUGGCUCUGAUAUCAACUGGCGAGGCCAAAACAAGCGGACGCCGAUCAUGGAAGUGUGUUUCCUAGACGACGAGGACAGAGCUUUUGGUUUGGCAAAGAUGCUUUUGGAAAACGGCGCAAAACUCGAUUUUCAAGACGAGCAAGGAUUGACGGCGCUAUCGUACGCGUGCAUUUUAAAAAGAAAAAAACUUGUGACUUUGUUUCUUCAAUUUGUGGACUACAAUCUAAAUGCGACCGACAAAGAUGCAAACACGGCGCUAUUCCAUGCAAUUACCGUGGGGGAUCUCUCGAUUGUGAAGAUGAUUGUUAAGAAAUUAAAAUACUACGGUUUAAGCGUGGACACGCUAAAUAACAAGGGCGAAACUCCACUUAUACAUGCUUUAAAAAUAGGACAAGCUCAAUGCGCGGACGUUUUAAUCGAAGAAGGGAAGGCUUCGUUGGAAGUCCGCGAUAUGGAGCAGUUCAAAAGCGCUGCGCAGUGGAAAAAAGAAAUGCUGCACAAUGGAAAGCGGGUCAUUUCUGCGUUUUACACCGUCGAGAAUAAGCCUAAGGUGGAGGAAAAAUUGGCUCGAAAAUUACGCAAGACUGUGAGCGCAAAGACGAUGAAAGUUUGUUCUCUUCCAGAAAUUGUCAACAAGAAGAAACCAAACAAAGAGCGCCCCUUGACGGCGCCAGAUAGAAUUGUAGUGCCGGAAUAUUUCACGCCAUGUACACCAGUACAAGAAGAUUUGCUGCGCUUGUAUUGUAUAUACAAUCAACAGAGGAGCAGUUCUUACCGAAUAGGCUACAAAGUUGCUCCGAAACCGGUUAAAAUUCUUCCUCCGUUAGCGGAAGGUGUCGAGGAGGGAAAUGAAGACAGUCCGGCGCCGGAACAAGGGAAAUCCAAACUGAAUUUCUCACAGAUCAACGAGAUCAACGCCAGAAUCAAAGGCUUGCAGAAGGCUGCUAAGAUCAGGAAAAACACGGGCUCGCCUCUGAGUGGCGGAAACACUGCCGGUUCACCGAUCAGUUCAGAAGGACGCAUAAAAUCAGGAAACAAAAAGAUCGCAAGAUUAGUGCGUAAAGGAGAUAGCAGAGAGUCAGUAGGUUCUGAAGUUUCCUUACCGCUUGAAAAGAACUGAUUAAUCAUAAAAAGCUCGAUGUUUAACUUCUCAUUUAAAUAAUACAACAGCUUGUUUAGCAAACUCAAUGAGUGGUAGUCAAAUGUGGCCAAGGAUGAACGACUUAAAUUAUUACGCGUUCAAUAUCAUAGAUUUAUAGAUGCCAUAAUUUCCGCAGUAGAUAAUAUUAAAAGAAAGUGAAAUUUUAAAAAAAAAGUUGAUCGUUCUUUUUCUUGACAUGUUCUUGGUAAAGCAAAAACAGAAGGAAAAAAAGUAGUACACAAGGCACAAAUAUCGCAUGAUACUAGAAGAAAAAUUAUAGCACGGUGAAUCGAAAUAUGUUUUAAUAUCUUGUUUCGCCUGCUUAUGGCUCGACUCGCCUUUUACUAAGGAAAAAAACACGCUGUGGACUAUAGGGACCAAUAGGGUGCAACAGACAAAAACAAAACCAAUCCACACACCUCAAUAGCGGACGUUUUGAUUGUUCAACAGUUUACAGGUUCCGUAAAUUCUCUGGCUUCUAUCUCUAAAGGGUCAAUUUUGUAACGGCCGUUUGAAAUGAGUAUUGUAUGGGAAGAACAACCCUUUCCAUCUUAAGUCCUUUCGCUUACAAAUGCUUGUAAAUUUUGAAACUUUAAGGCCGCCAUAAAAUCUGUCCCUUGAGGUUUACUGGCUUGAUAUUAAUUUUCCCACGCCCUUCCUAUUUGAUAUAGCUGUCCAGUUUCUUUUUCAAGUGAUUGAAUAUAAAACUAUAUUUGGAUUGCAAGGGGAUUGCAAGGUCUUCGCGGUUGUGCUUAGUCCUUUACCUUCCUGUUAGUCGCGCACGUCACAAUCUGGACAAACUGGCGGACAUUUUUCUCGCUUCUAGCUCGAUAAGGUUUCGCAGCUCGACUUGUAGCAUUGUAAGAAAGUCUAACCAGAGCGGUAAAACUUCCAGAUUUUACGGCGGUUUGAACACUUGAGAAAUUAGAAGUUAGAAGGUUUUGUGUGGACGUAGUGAGACGGGCUUUCUAGAAGUCCAGGCACUGGUUUAGUUUCCAUUUCUCGAAAACAUAAUUUAUAAAUUGUGUACAAAAGUCCUUGGGGCACUGAUGUAGACCAACGGAUUUUCUGUGUUUUACAACUGGUUUGAAAAAGCACUGCUGUACUUUUAAGAACGCGUUGUUUCCCUCCCUACCCAGUACAAUGCUAAAUCUCAAAAGAAAUUGCACGUGCUAGUCUUCAGCAUUGUAUGUGGGGUGGGGGGAGAGGUUAGGCAGGUAAAAGUGUAUUCGCACGACUGUCUGGCGUGUGUGCAAAAGCACCAAAAGUGCAAAUAUUUGUCGCACGACUUUUGUCCAUGAUUGUCGCUACAUGUUUUGUGAUAGCUGGACACAUGAUCAAAUGUGGUAAACCCUUCCCUCUACUCACAGUUAUUGAGCAAGAAAUGUCGUAAGUCAGCUUUUCUCCCCUCUAGGCGCCCAGGCGCCCAGUUUGAGCUUAUCUGGAUACGAAACUGCAUUCGUGUGGUGUGUAUUUAUAUUCAGUGAUUGAGAUGUUUAAAAAGUCAGUUAAAAGACAUCAACUACUUUAAUAUAAGGUUCAGUGAGUGUUAAAAUAAGUACG